GUAGUUUUUAUAAUUUUAUAUUGGAUAGGUUAUUACUUAUUAUGGAGGUUAUAAUUUUUUGGCAGAACUCAGCUCAGAGAAUCGAAUAAGGAUUUUGUCUUUUGUAUUUUGAUAAUUUUAGACGUGAGACGUGGUACUGGUGGGUGGUACCAGGUACCAUCAUGGUGGUACCUCUUUGUCUUUUGGUCUUUAAGUCUUUAGUCUUUACCUUUACGUACCUACCAUGCCUACCAUGUACCUACUAAGUUCUUUAAAGUGUUUUACUUCAAUUCGAAUUGAAAAAUAUAUGGACAAUAAAAUGUCAGACAGCAAUUUAGCAACAUAAAAAAUAAAUAGCAAUGCUUCUUCCAUGUGAAGAAAACAAGUUUUCUGAUCUGAUCAACAAAAAUAUAAAGAAGACUUGGACAAAGACAAGACACAAAGAAUUGCAGUGCAGUGGUUAUCUGCAAUUUAUAGUAUCAUGUCUGUGUAAAGUUUGUCACUAAUGUAAAAAUCAGCCAUGGAAAAGUUUGAUCUAGUUAGGCACUGCCAAACACAAAUCUAUGCCAAGUGGUUUCUGGACAGAUGCUAAUAUCAGAUGCUUUUAAAAAACAGACAAAAACAAUGGGUUUGGAACCAAGAUUGCAAGAAGCUAAUUAAAUUUGAGAAUGCCAGGAUUCAUUGCAAAACACAAUUUUCUCUUCAAAUUAAGAAAUUGAUCAUCUUACAUUGAUUGGUCAGUGCACUGUAUCCUGAUUUUGACAUUCCAAAAAACUUAAUUGUGGUCCUACAAAGCUCCUUCAUUAAAUGUAUUAGAAGAAAGAGAGGCAAACAAUGUAAUCAAGUUUAAUAAAGGAUGGAGCCGGCUUAGGAUUAUGUAUUGAAGGUUAAAGAGAUUCGCCACAAGGAAUGUGCCAUUAUUGGUCAGGAAGAUAUUUACAGGAAGAGCAGCUGAAAAUGAUAUCAAGUUCACAUUACCAACAAAAAUCCAAGCAAGAAGAUUCCAGGCGGCAAAGUCGGUGCAAAAAAAUCGAUCCACUUAAAAUUUUUUUCAUUUUUGAAGUCUCGAAUUUCCUAAACCUGUUGUCCGAUGUAAGUGAUUUUUUUACCAUGUUAUAGCCUAUAUCAUGUUACCAUGUAUAUAACAAUAUCGCUAUAAUAAUAUUGUUGCUGGACAUAUAAACUGUCAUUGGAUACCGGAUGUACGAAUCAAACUGUGUUUUUUUCUCAAAGUUCGCAUCACCCGGUGGACUAUUAUAGCAUUUAUAAAAUACUGAAAUUAAAACCCAACUAUAGCCUCAGGUUUUCUUAACAUUCUUUUUUUAGAUUCAUUCGCUUAUGUAGGAUAAUAAAAAAGUUAGGUACUUUAACAACUGGCCAUGUUUGUCAUCAGUACAGGGUGUUUCUAAAUAAGUGCGACAAACUUUAAGGGGUAAUUUCACAUGAGAAAAUAAUGACAGUUUGCUUUAUAAUCAUAUAUCCGCAAACGCUUCGUUUCCGAGAUACGGGAUGUUCAAUUUUUUUACAAACUGACGAUUUAUUUAUUGCUUUAAAACCAGUUGAGAUAUGCAAAUCAAAUUUGGUGGGUUUUAAGACGUAGUUAUUGCACAUUUUUUGACAUACAGUUAAGAAUUUAAUAUUCACCAUUGGCGCGCAAACGGGUAUUAUGACCGAUCAUAUUACCCGUAUGCACGCCGUAUGGUGAAUAUAAAAUUCUUAAUUGUAUGUCAAAAAAUGUGCAAUAACUACGUCUUAAAACCCACCAACUGCAACUGGAUUGGUCUGCAGGCUAAACUAAGUGAGGGUAGUCAGAUAUGGCGAAAACUCCACCGAGCGAUUGCCGGUAUAAGCAAUCCCACACUUACUGACCAACGGCUUCGGGCGGAUGAGUUGGUAAGUGGAAGGGCACUCUUUUGUCCUGGCGCUAAGAAAUUGGCACCAAAGGCGAAUGAAUCAAGUAAAUGACCAACGGCAUAAGGAUACAGAAGGCAAGGAGAAACCACUGUAUUAAAGAUCCAAUUGGAUAUCUCUAGUACAAUCAUCAUGGCUGUACAACGUACAAUAAAUUCUGGUACUGAUCAUGGACAUCGGAAAACAAGAUCCGGCAGGAGAGGUAAUUCUCAUGACAACAGGGCCUCUCAGGUCGUAACCCGGCGAAAUCCCUGUUUUAAAGAUGCAAUAAAUAUUGGUACGUGGAACGUCAGAAGUAUGUAUGAACCUGGAAAAAUGAACAAUAUUAUACAAGAGAUGCAAAGGUUAAAUAUCGAUAUUUUAGGUAUCAGCGAUACAAGGUGGUCGAGUUCAGGCAGCUUCGCGACAAACAACGGAAUGAUAUAUUUUUCAGGAAAUAAUGACCCACACCACAGAUAUGGAGUAGCAAUUGUUGUAUCAAAAAAAAUGAUGCAGUCUGUUAUUAACUUUACACCAGUGUCUGAUAGAGUAAUAUUCCUUCAACUUCAUACAAAAACUGUAAAUCUUAAUAUCAUACAGGUUUAUGCUCCUACUGCAGAAAAAUCAGAUGAAGAGGUUGAGGAAUUCUAUAAACAAAUUAACCAUGUUCUAAAAUCUAUAAAGGCAAGAGACGUCACAAUUAUCCUUGGUGAUUUUAAUUCCAAAAUUGGGGAAGGAAAAAGCGGCAAAUAUGUAGGAAAUUAUGGUCUCGGGUUAAGGAACGAGAGAGGAGACCGAAUGUUACAGUUCUGCCAAGAAAACGAUAUGAUUAUUUCAAACACAUUUUUUAAACUCCCCAAAAGAAGGCUUUAUACGUGGACAUCACCUCAACAUAACGCACAGAAAAUAGUUAGGAAUCAAAUAGACUUUGUGUUGAUAAAUGAAAGAUACAAAAACGGCAUAAAAUCGGUUAAGGCGUACCCAGGCGCAGAUGUUUCCUCGGACCACAAUCCCUUGAUAGCGCGUGUAAGCAUUAAACUUAAGAAACCUUCACAAAGGGUAAAACCAGAUUACAUAGAUACCAGCCGCUUACAGAACUCAAAAAUCAAAGAAGAAUUAAAGCAACAGAUAAAUGGUAACCUAAGAAUGUUGUCUAAAAAGGAACCAAACACGCACGUGGAAAACAAGUGGCAAAACUUAAAAGAAGCCCUAAUAAAACCCGCUCAGAAUAUCCUUAGCAGAGGAAAUACGACAAAAAGACAAGAAUGGAUGACAGAGAAAAUUUUAAGUCUCAUGGAGGAACGAAGACAGUUUAAGGGAAAAUGCAAACAAAAAUACAACUAGAUACACAAGCAAAUUAGAGAUGAAAUAAGGUCAGCGAAAGAAAACUUUUACAAAAGAAAAUGUGAAGAAAUUGAAGAACUGCAAUUAAAACAUGAUACGUUUAACCUACAUAAAAAGGUAAAAGAGUUGGCAGGUAUACAAAAAAGGAAGCAUCCCAAUGUCCUAUACAACGCAAAUGGACAAAUAAUAACUGACCUACAAGAAAAGCUUACGACAUGGAAGAAUUAUAUAGAAGAACUCUUUGCCGAUGAAAGAGAGGAUCAUGAUAUUGGUAACAUACAAGGUGAGGAAGGACCAAAAAUCUCUAAAGAAGAAAUACUAUAUGCUAUAAAAACAAUGAAAAAUGGCAAAUCACCGGGUCCAGAUGGACUUCCAUCGGAACUUCUUAAGCUUGUGGAAGAUGAAACAGUAAAUGUUUUGGUUGACCUCUUUAACUGCAUUUAUAAAACGGGAGAAAUACCUAAGGAAUGGCUUCUGUCAACUUUUGUGACUAUUCCAAAGAAAACAAACGCAAAACUUUGCACCGACCAUCGCACAAUAAGCUUAAUGGGACACACACUAAAAGUAUUUCUUAAAGUGAUACAUACAAGAAUUCACAAAAAACUAGACGCUGACAUCAGUGAUACUCAGUUCGGGUUUCGAAACGGGCUUGGAACAAGGGAAGCACUAUUUGCACUUAAUAUCAUGUGCCAAAGAUGCCUGGAUGUUAACCAGGAUAUAUAUAUAUGUGCUUUAUUGACUACAACAAGGCGUUCGAUAAAGUUCGCCACGAACACCUGAUGAGACUGUUGGUAGAGAAAAACUUGGAUAAAAGGGACCUCAGAAUUAUUUUCAAUAUUUACUAUAACCAGAAGGCGAAUAUAAGAGUAGAACGGGAAACAACCGAGGAACUCGAGAUCAAAAAAGGCGUAAGGCAGGGAUGCAUACUUUCACCAACCUUGUUUAACUUAUAUUCAGAAGAUAUUAUAAACAGAGCCCUUGCUGACCAAGAUAUAGGAGUUAAAAUAAAUGGCACUUUAAUAAACAAUUUGAGAUACGCUGAUGACACAGUAUUAAUAGCAGAAACCCCGGAAGAUCUCCAAACACUGAUAAACAGAAUAGUAGAGUGCAGCGAAAAGUUCGGUUUAUCACUUAACAUAAAAAAACAAAAAUAAUGAUGGUGUCGAAAUCUCCACAAAAUUUUUCUGACAUAACCGUACAUGAUCAAAGAAUUGAGCGUGUUAGAAAAUAUAAUUACCUGGGAACUGUGAUUAAUGAAAACAACGACAACUCUGAAGAAAUCAAGAUCAGAAUAGCAAAAGCUAGAGCUACUUUUACCAAAAUGAAAACAGUUUUAUGCGGAAGAGAGCUAAGUUUAAAUCUUAAAAUUCGCCUGAUGAGAUGUUACGUGCUGUCAGUUCUUUUCUAUGGAAUGGAAGCUUGGACACUGAAAAAGAUCGAUACAAGGAAAAUAGAAGCAUUCGAGAUGUGGAUGUACCGCAGGAUACUGAGAAUAUCGUGGACAGAGAGAGUGACAAACAUGGAAGUGUUGCGAAGGAUGCAGAAAGAAAAAGAACUUGCGCUUACUAUUAAAAAGCGCAAACUGCAAUACUUGGGACAUAUAAUGAGGGGACAAAAGUACCAGCUACUACAAUUAAUUAUUCAGGGAAAAAUAAUAGGUAAAAGAUCCAUUGGCAGAAGAAAACAUUCAUGGUUGAAGAAUUUAAGAGAUUGGUACAAGUGCAGCAGCUGCCAAUUAUUUAGAUCUACGGUAUCAAAAAUACGCAUAGCCUUGAUGAUAGCCAAACUUCGGAACGAGGACGGCACCUGAAGAAGAAGAAGAAAACCCACCAAAUUUGAUUUGCAUAUCUCAACUGGUUUUAACCCCUUCGUGUCGGACCGUCAUUCGGCAAGUCGGCUCCUAUAUACGGAUUCGAGCGCUUGCCGACCGGCUUCGCGGUCGGUUAAAAUACAGUAUCACACUACAACUAAUUAAAGUUAAUGUAAUAAUAUCACUAAUUUUAGAAAUAAAACUAUUUUUAUUAAAUUUAUUAUUCUACAUAGUAUGUGAGUUAAAUUAAAUUUUAUCCUUAAAAUACCAUUUUGAACAAAAAUUAUUAAAAAAGAUAAACAAGAUAAUUCGGAUGGAAUUCCCCAGAUUAUUUUCUGUUUGAUAUCGUCCCAGUCUCCUAAUCUGGGAAAUUCCAUCCGAAUUAUCUUGUAAGUGAUAGUAAGGUAAGUUGCAAACAGCAGCACAGUAACUUUACCUCCCACACAAUCCCAUCAGUCAAACAUGCAAACAACCUUAUCACCAAUAAAAUUAACUAAAUCUAAUCUUCAGGACAUCACCCACUUUUGGGCGUGGUUUCCCCACUUUUAGAUUUGAAUAAGGUAAUUCGGAUGGAACAAAAAUACCUGAAAUAUGAUGCAGAUGGUGGCAUCGCCGUAUAUGGCGAACAAAAACUCAUGAUGCACCCGUGUGCAUCACCGUACUGAGCGGACAGUCAAGCAUAAUGCACACGGGUGCAUCACCGUACCGAAGGGGUUAAGGUUAAAGCAAUAAAUAAAUCGUCAGUUUGUAAAAAAAAUUAACAUCCCUUAUCUAAACGAAGCGUUUGCAGACAUAUGAUUAUAAAGCAAACUGUCAUUAUUUUCUCAUGUAAAAUUACCACUUAAAGUUUGUCGCACUUAUUUAGAAACACCCUGUACUGUUAAUGAACAUGGCCAGUUGUUAAAGUACAGCAAUAUUAUUACAGCGAUUAUGAAUAAGGCUACAGCGUUAAUUAAUAGGGCUAUAACAUGGUAAAACAAUCACUUAUAUCGGACGACAGGUUUAGGAAAUUCGAGACUUCAAAAAUAAAAAAAAAAUUAAGUGGAUCGAUUUCUUUACACCUGAGUGCACAUAUUUUCACCUAAAUUCAUUUAUUACAAGGUUUAGUAUUUUGAUAGUAUUCUACGAAAUUCAUGAUUAAAAUAACUUUGUGUUUGACAUAACCAAUUAUGUAUAUGUAAUAAAUCACAAAUUGAAUAAUAUAGUAAUUAAAUUUCUA